GGAGGUUGUGAACUGACAUGAAAGUGUUGGCCCCGGACUCCUGGAUUGGAUUCAUUUCAUUUUCUCUACUUGACUGUUCCAGGGGACGUGCGGCUAUUUUGCAAAGGAUGAGGCGAUGUUUUUCUCCGGUUUUUUGUUCCUGGAUGUCAGAUCUGACAAAAGCAUCUCCCCCGAGACAGCACGGUCAUCUGAGCCGGACCGAGUGACGCUAUCAGGUCUCUUCCAAUCAGCCGAGAAGACAUUUCCACUCACCCUGGCUACGUGAUCAUGACUGGGCCCGUCAAGACACUUCCUUCCUCCUCAGCUGUGCUUUGACCUCUCAUGUAGCUGAAUGCAACUCUUUGGAUACUUGCUCCUUUUGUCUUGGAUCAGGGCUGAGUUCUGUAUCCCUGCCGAGGUAAAUGAUGAAUGAUAAUGUCCAAGUGAAUGAUGUGAAUUAAACACAGCUCGUCGUUCUACAGUGAUAACUGUCCAUCAGAUUGACCGAACUUCACCUCAAACUGGAUUCCCUGGAUUGUAUCUCAUGUCUCAUCGAUACCUUCCCACCAAUAUACCUUCCCACAGCCCGUUGUGUUGUUUUAAUGCGGGGCUGAUUUCCCCCUGAACGCCCGCUAAUGGGGGCCUCUCAAAGGUGUAGGUCAUCCACAAAACCUCCUUCCUGUAGAACAGUGUGGCUCCUGUCGAUGAUUAUGACGACAUAUGCUUGCCCUAAGACCUGUCACUGCACGGACAGGAACGGCAUGGUGGUGCAGUGCACAUCGCGCAACUUGGAGAACAUCCCGUCGAACUUGCCCAAGGACACUGUCGUUCUCUUGCUUUCGUCAAACCGGAUCAGACACAUCCCAAAGGAGGUGUUCACGGACCUCCACCGCCUCAGGGAGUUGGACUUAUCGCAUAACGCUAUAGAGAGUGUGGAAGCUGGUGCCUUCCAAGGGAUUUCAGAAGGUCUGCGGACCUUGGAUCUUUCAAACAACCACCUGAGCAGCCUCCCUAAGGACACAUUCACCAAGCUCUAUGCCCGCAUCCGCCUCUCCCACAACCCCUGGCACUGCGAGUGUUCUUUGCAGGAGGUGCUGAGGGAGCUGAGGCUGGACCCCGAGACGGUGAACGAGGUCAGCUGCUACACGUCGGUGCAAGAGGAGUACGUGGGUCAACCGGUGAUCCAGGUCCUGGACUCGGGGAUCAACUUUUGUAACUUCCAUCACAAGACGACAGACGUGGCCAUGUUUGUGGCCAUGUUCUGCUGGUUCUCCAUGGUGACGGCUUACAUCAUUUACUACAUCAAACACAACCAGGAGGAUGCCAGGAGGCACAUGGAGUACCUCAAGUCCCUGCCCAGCACCUCCCACAUCAGCAAGGACUACGACACAGCCAGCAGUGUGUUCUAGUGUGUUUUAGAAGAUGCAAUUACACCAAUGAAUAUAUGAUGAACGCGCACCGAUGAAUACAGAGGAAAGUGUCCCAAUGAAUAUGUUUACAGCAGAUAACAAACACUGAUAAGUGACAAGUUUGCAGCAAUUGAUUAAACUUUGAUAGCUGCUGCACAGAGACUUUAGGGGGAGGUUUAAAAAAAUCUCAUCAUCAUCAUCAAGUACUGUCUUAAAGGCACCAACAGACUCUUUAAAACUGCUAAAAAAAACAUUUAGCUCCUUAAAAAGUUACUCUAAAUUUGUGACCAGCAGGAAAACAGUUAAUAUUUAGACGUUUCAGCAUCUUGAUUUGUUUACCUUCCAUGCAAACGAAAGGUGGCAGAUCAUUAUUUUUCACUCAGCUGUUAUGUAUAAUGCAUAAAAGCGUCUCUAAGGUAAACUUUACCAAAAGCAGUUUUGCAUAUAAUUAUGUGGUUUAUGAAUUCCCAGUGAAUUCAACCACAGUGUGAGGCGAACCUGAGCGCCACUUUCGUGUCAAUCAGAGUUCAGUGAAAUGAGGUAACUGGGAAAUAAUCCUCACAGCUUCAAAUGUCAGUAUUUGUGGGGAAGUUUCACUUCCAAGUUUAAAAUGGUUUUUGUGAGCAAGUGUUUUAUGAUGUAUUUCAAAAAAAUAAAUCCUGACUGAGGACUUCUGAGGGAGGAGCAGAGGAAGGAAAAAAGUAUUUAAAUGUUUUACCUGUUAAAUUCCCUGUCGAAACUACUGCACAUUUUACUCUUAAUGUAAGGAGUUUGUAUAUUUAAUAGUCCAUAAAAGAUGUAGGCCAGUA